ACUUUUGAAACGAGUGGCGGGGCGGCGGCGCGGAGCCGGGGGCUGCUGGGUGCGAGCGGGCGCGCGCCGCGGCUGGGGGCCCGCCAUGGCGCUGCAGCUGUCCCGGGAGCAAGGCAUCACCCUGCGCGGCAGCGCCGAGAUCGUGGCCGAGUUCUUCUCAUUUGGCAUCAACAGCAUUUUGUAUCAGCGCGGCGUAUAUCCAUCUGAGACUUUUACUCGAGUGCAGAAAUACGGACUCACCUUGCUCGUAACUACUGAUCCUGAGCUCAUGAAAUACCUAAAUAAUGUGGUGGAACAACUGAAAGAUUGGUUAUACAAAUGUUCAGUUCAGAAACUGGUGGUAGUCAUCUCAAAUAUUGAAAGUGGUGAGGUCCUUGAAAGAUGGCAGUUUGAUAUCGAGUGUGACAAGACUGCCAAAGAGGACAGUACACCCAGAGAAAAGUCUCAGAAAGCUAUCCAAGAUGAAAUCCGGUCAGUCAUCAGACAGAUCACAGCGACAGUGACAUUCCUGCCACUGCUGGAAGUUGCGUGUUCAUUUGAUCUGCUGAUUUAUACAGACAAAGAUUUGGUUGUGCCUGAAAAAUGGGAGGAGUCGGGACCACAGUUCAUUACCAACUCUGAGCAAGUCCGUCUCCGUUCAUUCACUACUACGAUCCACAAAGUGAACAGCGUGGUGGCCUACAAAAUCCCCGUCGCUGACUGAGGAGGACGGGAGGACAACGGUGCACUCGCCAGUGUGCGUCUCCUGAAGCCAAGUCAGCUGUACUUCAUUUUAUUUCAUUGGUUACUCUGUAGGUGGGAAACUUAACAUACUUUACUGAGCUAUGCACAGCUGUCCCGUUUUUUGGUGUCUGUCUGACUUUCCAGGGGGUUGACAUGAUUUUUUUGCAUACUGUUCAAAAGGGAAGCAGCAGCGGAUUACAUCAGCACUGUAUUGGCAAUUCCUUUGCAGGGGGUAACUGUAGACGGAGAAACUUUUCCUAUAAAGCUAAAUGCCUUCCUAAACCAGACCUUUGGGUAAAAUAGCUUGACUCAGAAUGUAGGUAGGAAAAUAAUUAAAUAUGAAACUGCAAGAGAAGCCUGAAUAUUCAGAAUCUUUGUUUAGGUCCUAAAGUAACUGAUAAUCCAUAAAUAACAAAAUAUUGCUACUAGGUCCUUUUGCCAUUUGUUUCAUUUGUGUAGUUUUCAUAUUGAAAAAAUCCAAUUAUUUGAGUUUAAUUUAUAUACCUUAUACCUACAAAGCUUUUGAUAUUUCUACUGUUUCAAUUCCGGUGACACAGAACUUUUAAAAAAUGUCUUUUUGUGUUUUAUAGAAUCAAGCUUUAAAUGACAAUGAUAAAUAAAGUUAAAU